UCUCCAGUGGAGCCCAUGACUUCUGAUCAGGACGCUAAAGUUUGGCUGAAACGCAGGGCGCGUGUGGCGGAACCGCAGGCGCAGCGAGUCCAGGAGGGCAAGGACAGCUCUCAUCUGAUGAAUGGUCCUAUAUCUCAAACCACUUCUCAGACAAGUUCCAUCCCAGCUUUGAGUCAGGUUCCAACUACUAAGGUUUCAGAGCUAAACCCUAAUGCAAAAGUAUGGGGCACGCAUAUGUUACAUCUGGAUGCGAGUAGUGCUGCUGAAACUGUGAGUGCCACGUGGGAGCAAGCACCCAGCCAUCACACAGACCGUGGCCAACAGGGACUGGAUGCCAAUGGUAGUGGAGACAAGCAGCAUGAGAAUGCAGCAUUACCAGAUUUACAGGACUCAGACCAGACACACAUGAACACUUUGGCUCUGGAUCACUCUGAAUAUGAAUCUCUGCCUGAAAAUAGUGAAACCGGGGGAAAUGAGUCGCAACCAGAAGUCCAAGAAGACCCCAGAGAAGUACUUAAAAAAACAUUGGAAUUCUGCUUAUCUAGGGAGAAUCUUGCUAGUGACAUGUAUCUUAUAUCACAGAUGGAUAGCGAUCAGUAUGUGCCAAUUACAACGGUAGCUAACCUUGACCAUAUCAAGAAACUCAGUACUGAUGUGGAUUUGAUUGUUGAAGUCCUAAGAUCUUUACCUUUAGUCCAAGUGGAUGAAAAGGGAGAAAAAGUAAGGCCAAAUCAAAAUCGUUGCAUAGUAAUACUGCGUGAAAUAUCUGAAUCUACCCCUGUGGAAGAAGUAGAAGCACUAUUUAAAGGAGAUAAUUUACCAAAAUUUAUAAACUGUGAAUUUGCCUAUAAUGAUAAUUGGUUUAUUACAUUUGAAACGGAAGCUGAUGCACAACAGGCUUAUAAAUACCUGCGAGAAGAAGUCAAAACUUUUCAAGGAAAACCAAUUAAGGCACGAAUAAAAGCAAAGGCAAUAGCUAUAAAUACAUUUUUGCCAAAGAAUGGAUUUAGACCUCUGGACAUGACUCUUUACACACAGCAGCGCUAUACAACAUCCUUCUAUUUACCUCCAGUAUACAGCCCCCAACAGCAGUUUCCUCUGUACAGCCUGAUUGCCCCACAGACGUGGUCAGCCACACACAGCUAUCUUGAUCCACCCUUGGUAACUCCAUUUCCAAAUACUGGAUUUAUAAAUGGGUUUACGUCUCCAACCUUCAAACCUGCAGCAUCUCCUCUGACUUCAAUCAGACAGUAUACUCCUAGGAGCAGGAAUCCUAGUAAAUCUCAUCUGCGCCAUGCAAUUCCUAGUACAGACAGAGGACCUGGACUAUUAGAAAGUCCUUCAAUAUUUAACUUCACUGCGGAUCGGCUAAUUAAUGGUGUUCGGAGCCCACAAACAAGGCAAACAGGUCAAACAAGAACACGAAUACAAAACCCAUCAGCUUAUGCCAAGAGAGAGAUUGGAACUGGGCGAGUGGAGCCAGGCAGUCUUGAGUCUUCACCUGGUUUAGGGAGAGGGAGAAAGAAUUCCUUCGGCUACCGGAAGAAAAGGGAGGAGAAGUUUACAAACAGCCAGACUCAGUCUCCAACACCACCGAAGCCUCCAUCACCAAGCUUUGAGCUGGGGCUGUCCAACUUCCCCCCGUUACCUGGCGCUGCAGGCAACUUGAAAACAGAAGACUUGUUUGAAAACAGGCUUCCCAGCUUGAUAAUAGGACCAUCUAAAGAAAGGAGCCUCAAUGUGGAUGCAGGUACCAACACUGUUUCUGCAGUGGCCCCCAGAGAGCCCUCAGUGCCAGCCUCUUGUGCUGUAUCAGCAGCUUUUGAAAGAUCCCCUUCCCCGGCCCUCUUACCUGAGGAUCCCAAGGUGGUAGAAAAGCAGAGGGAUACUCACAGCGUGGACAGACUCCCUUCUGCCAUUACCACAACCGCGUGUAAAUCGGUGCAGGUGAACGGAGCUGCCACGGAAUUAAGAAAGCCCAGCUAUGCAGAGAUUUGUCAGAGAACAAGUAAAGAACCACCUUCUUCCCCAUUGCAACCCCAUAAAGAACAAAAGCCAAACACUGUCAGUUGUGGAAAGGAGGAAAGGAAGAUCACUGAGCCCGUGGAGAGAUACAGGGAGCCGCCUGCCCUCAAGUCCAAUCCUGGAGCCCCCAAAGACCAGAGGAGGCAGCCAGGGCGCCGACCCUCGCCCCCAGCUGUUGGGAAGCGUCUCAACAGAGAACAGAACACUCCCCCUAAGUCUCCUCAGUGAAACUGUAUGUCUGGGAGGGAUCGCCAAGAGCUGUAUUAACCACAAACAAAACACUUCCCACUCAGUCCAAGAAUGAGUCGCUGGUUAGGAGCUUGCAGUGUCUGAGGCCAUGGGAGGCCUGCAAGUUAUUUUUCUUCUAAGAGUUGGAUUCUCCCCCUCUUGAAAAAAAUCUGUUUUUUCAGGAUUUAAUUAAUAUAAACCUUAUUUUAGGUUGGUGCUUAACUGGAGGUGAUGCAGAAGUCUGAUUUUUUUCAGGAUAGAAAAUGCAUUUAUCCUAACAAAUUGAUAUUUUUUAUUAAGCCUCCAUGUGGCUCUGGAUGCAAGCUAUAUAUAGUGAGUUUUUCUAAAUUAAAGGAACUAUGCUACUUCGUUUUUUAAAUAACUGGCCUGCAAGUGCAAAUCUGUAGAACAUCCCAGCAGAUAGGUGAGGGCUGAUGGCACUGCAGAGGAAUGGCUGGCCUGGGAGCUGCACUUUCAUCUGAACCGUCAAACAGGCAAUGCCAACAUUUAAAACAUAGAUAAUUCGUUUUUUAUCUAGUGGGCAGAAUGACCCUGCAGAGGACACCUAGAGGGACCUGUAAACUUUGAGCUUUGAUGUACUGCAAGCAAGUAACCAGCCUCUCACUCCAGGUUCAAGUGGCUAUUAUGUAAAAUAAAUUCAAAGCACAUUGUGAAUAGAACCUAAAUGAAAAUAUAAACUUGUUGCCCGCUGACAUGUUACCACAAAAUUGUACCAUGAUGUUGUUUUGGUCUCUGUGAGCUGGCAGCCCUGGCCCCAGCCGAGCGCCUGCUGUGUGCAUUUUUCUGUCCCUGUCCUCCAAGUGCUCUCACCGGAGGGGCCACGUCUUGAGUCUCUACGCCAUGUGGGCACCUUCCUGUACCUCUGCGUCUGCACGUGGAUUUAAGUUGUGGAUUUGUGAGAGAAUGGUGUGUUUGUGGUUUUUCCCCUCUUUGGCUGGUGGAGGACAAAAUUCCUGCUUCUUUUACCUCCAAGGUGAGGGUCUCAUUGAUACACUUUAGAAGUGCUACACUUCUGAAGAGCAAGAAUGCACUAAAGUUAGCAAGUUUAUAAUAAAGUUAAAUAUAAAUUAUUUUGUUUUAAAAUGCUUAAAACUUUUCUUUAAGUAUUCUAAGCAACAGACAUUAAAAUAAGAAUAUUUCCUGCUAAAUGUAACCAUACAGUUUAUUCCACAAAAUGUUAUUUAACAAGACUGAGGGUUUUUCUUUAAAAAAAAAAAAAUUAUUUCCAUCCAAUAUUUAAAGACUUGAAUUUUAUUUAAACUUGAAAAUGACUUUGCCUUAACUUUUGUAUAAGACAGUUAGAGUUGGUGGAGAACUGGCCCCUGGGUGGCACGAGUGGGUCACAGCUGCUCAGUUACCAUGAGGAUCUUGUUGCUAGUUCUACUGAGUAAGCAUACUGUAGUACAGGAACUAGCAGUCGUUUUGUAAUAUACCUUACAGAUCUUAAACAGUUGAUCUUUUUUCAGAUUGUUGAAAAAUCCUGUAAAUGCAAAUAGUCGAUACUGUAUUAAAUAUGUGCACUUAGGAGUGUGCUCUGCUUGUACAGUUGUAAAUAAUCAGAACAUAUUAAAAAGGUACCCUACAGAGAAAAAUCUGAUAAAAAUUAUUGAUAUAUUAUAAAUGUUGCUGUUGAGCUGGAUGUAGAUAAACUAAAUGUUGUGGUUUGAAUAUUAUUUUAAUUUGUGAGGUUUCUUUUCUUUUUUUCUUAUACUGGUGUGUUGAACUGAUUCUGCCUCUUUGCUGCUAAAGGGAAAUGGAAAGUCUUAUUAAAAGCCUUCAGAUGUUUUCAUACUCUUUUUUAAAGUAUGAAAAUACAUAUUAAUCAUAUCUAAUGUGAAAGGGUUUUUAAGUAUAAUAUAGAAAGCAGAAACUGGCAGGAUCAUCAAGUGAAAAAGAAAAAGUAAUAAACUAAUUAAAAGUAGCUAAGCAUGAUUCACCCUGCCAGGGAAAACACAGCUGAUAUGUGACCCUUUCCUCCAGAGCAAUUGUCAUUAUUCAUAUAUAUAAAUAUAUAUAUAUAAAUACACACCGUGUUGAUAAUUUCCAGAUGCCUGUUAAAAGAACAUGAGAAUUUGUUUGUACUGGUCAGAUCACUGACCAGAAAAGUUAGAAAUAAUUGACUACUAUACAAAUAAGUACUGUAAAAGACAGGCAGGCUCUGAGACUAUAUCCCUUUGUGUCACAUCUUUGCUAGAGGAAGGGUCAGGGCAUUGUCAGCCAUCCUCAUCCUCAAAUCCCAAUGCCCGCCUAGCAAGUGCUUGGUUUUUAAUAAUGAGGAAUCCUUUCCCCCAAGGCGCAAGCAUUGCAGCACAAUGAUGUGUGUGUGGUUAGAGCCAGCUGUAGUCCUUUGCUCUGUUUGUCAGCAGGCAGUGGGAAGGCAGGUGGCAUAUGGGGGAGCUGGUUACCACAUGGAGGCGGGUCCUGGUGGGCUCUGCUACUGUGUGGAUGAGGUGAGCACAUGGGCAUUUCUGUUUAGCCAGCAACUGUUGCAUCAAGAGCUAAAACCUUGCUCAGAUGUGAUUUUUAUAGCAUUCUUUUUAAUUAAGCAAAGGUGAUAUGCCAAGUAGCUAUAUAAUGUCAAAAAAAAAAAUCCCUUUCUGAUACUACUUCGAGAUUUUCCACUCAGAAAUAAAAUGGGAGUUAUCCCAAUAUGAAGCUGUGACAGCGCAUGCCAACAGUUGCUAUAUCACAUUACAGCUAUUGAUAUGUGGUUCCAUACAUUUCUUAAAAAUUUAACUCAUGCUUUCCCCUAACAGUAUCUCCAGUUACAGAAUCAGAGAUACAGUGGUCACAAGGAUGUUUUACCUUGUAAAAUUGUGUGAUGAACUUACCAUUUGGAAAUAUGGGAAUAGGAAUCUGUCCCCACUUCAGCAGACGUGAGUUUCAGUAGUGUGAUUGCCCUCUCUGAGUUGGUGUCAUGGGGUUUCCAAUAGGUCCUCCGGUCAUUGCGUCACUGGUUGUCACAUCUUACAUUGCUGUAUUAGUCGGGAUUUCUGCAGUCUACGUCCAUUGUAUUACAACAGGUGCCCAAUGGUGCACACCUGUCUCAUCCCCCCUUCGUGAGCCACAGUGACACAGCAGCAGCAGACAGUUGGAGGUCUGAGGAAUGCUGGCAGCUGCCAGUUCACAAGUGGGGUGUGAUGUGGAGCUUUCCUGAGGAUUUCGUUUUCAUUCUACUUCUUUUCAUUAAGACUGGAAUCAAGCUUACAUGUAUAAACUAUUGGUAAUUUAAGUUUCCUUUUGUGUCAUUCAGUGUAAAAUGUCUAAUUUGAAAAAAAUGUAGGUUAUGAAAAAUAAAGAUUUAGGCACUGUUGA